GAACUUCAUGUGGUACUCCAAUACCUGAUAAGGAUUCAUGUAUGCAAAAUGCAACCUAAACAUGGCUAAAUCCUAAUCUAUAUGAUCAAAAUGCACAUGGGUGAAUGGAUAAAACAAUAGAAAUAUGCAAGAUAUCAUUAAGAUACAUCCUCCUAGUUAAUAAAAAAAAACAACUAAACUGCAGUAAUAUACUUGAAAAUUACAAUUUAAUAUAUGGUUGAUAGGUAAGAUACAUUUCUUUUCAUCUUAUUUUUUUCCCUUUCAAAUCAAUCCCCUAUAUAUUAUUUGUGAAACAUUACAACUUCUUUUUGUAGUCACAUGUCAUCAUUAGGAUGAUUCUUAGAAUUAUUAAAGAAAUAGGUUGGUCCAUCUAAUUAUAUAAUAAGCUUUUUAUUAAACUGACCAUAAAUUCAUUAUUAAUGUCAUUUAUUAUUUCUUUAAAUAAAGAUUACGGAAUUGCCUAAUGUGGAUAAAGUAUAUAUGAUAAUUAAUGAUUUUGAAUAAUAAAGAUCCGAUAAAAAAAAUGUAACUUCUAUCAAAUUUGUUUAAUAAAAAGAAGUUGUAGGGGAUAUUAAUUUUUGUAAGUCAUAGCCUCGAAGUUUUAUUAGAUUCAGUGUUAAAAGGUUUGAACACGUGUUUGACUAGUUGAAUAGAUCGUAACAUUAGCUAAUAUUUUUUUCAAGACUUGAAAUAGUAUUUCUUAAAUUUCAAAUGAUUCGAGAACAAAUUGGUUCAUUUUUAUUUCCUUUCCCAUUAUUAUGAAUUUAUGAUUGCGACGGUAAGCUCUAAACAAACCGGAGUCCUAUGACCCAACCGGUUUAAGAAGCCUCCCCCACUCUCGCGCCAACUUUGACUCUGACGCCAUCAAUCCCGUAACCCCGUUUGCUCAUCGGACCAAGACUACCGGACGUAAAAAAAAAACAAAAAAAGACCAAGACUAACCGGAUGAAACUUAACGGCCUUCCGUCCUGUUUUUCACGUUUGACUCUGUUGAGACUAGACAGAGAAGAGAAGAGAGAGAGAGAGAUGGAGUAAUUGAUGUAUACACUAUACAGUUGACAAAAAAAAGUAUACAUCAACAUAUUAUAUUUAUAUACGUGUACAACUUCACAUAUUCAAUCUCAUCGCACUGAAAGUGGUUUCGUUAAAGUCUUCGUCUCCUUGCUUUAUACAAUCCUGAAACGAAUCUUCCAGCGCGGUCUCUGUCAAAACAUAUAUAAACAGUCGAACAAACGUGUGAGAAUGGCUAUGACGAGUGUGUACCGGCGAUCUCUUCCUUCUCCUCCGGCCAUUGACUUUUCUUCUCCCGAAGGCAAGAAAAUAUUCAAUGAAGCGCUUCAGAAAGGAACAAUGGAAGGAUUUUUCAAGUUGAUUUCUUAUUUCCAGACGCAGUCAGAACCUGCCUAUUGUGGCUUGGCUAGUCUUUCUGUCGUCUUAAAUGCUCUGUCUAUUGAUCCUGGACGAAAAUGGAAAGGGCCUUGGAGGUGGUUUGAUGAAUCAAUGCUGGACUGCUGCGAACCGCUGGAAGUAGUGAAAGAAAAGGGUAUUACGUUUGAAAAAGUUGUGUGUUUGGCUCAUUGUUCAGGAGCUAAAGUGGAAGCUUUCCGCACAAGUCAGAGUACCAUUGAUGAUUUCAGAAAAUUCGUAGUGACAUGCUCGGUUUCUGAUAAUUUCCAUAUGAUCUCGUCAUAUGAUAGAGGAGUAUUUAAGCAGACUGGGUCUGGUCACUUUUCACCUAUAGGUGGCUAUAACGCUGAAAGAGAUAUGGCUUUGAUUCUUGAUGUCGCCCGUUUCAAGUAUCCUCCUCACUGGGUUCCUCUUCAACUACUUUGGGAAGCCAUGGACACCAUUGUUAAGUUAACAGGGAAACAUAGAGGGUUCAUGCUCAUAUCUAGACCCCAUAGAGAACCUGGAUUGCUCUAUACACUGACCUGCAAGGAUGAAAGAUGGAUCAGCAUAGCCAAGUAUUUGAAGGAAGAUGUUCCUCGUCUUGUAAGCUCACAGCAUGUAGAUACUGUGGAAAAGAUCUUACCAGUUGUGUUCAAGUCACUUCCAUCAAAGUUUAACCAAUUCAUCAGAUGGGUGGCUGAGAUCAGAAUAACAGAGGAUGUAAACCAACAUCUCAGCGCAGAGGAGAAAUCAAGGCUAAACUUAAAGCAAGUGGUGCUGAAAGAAGUGCAUGAAACUGAACUGUUCAAACACAUUAGUAAGUUCUUCUCCUCAAUGGAUUAUGAAGACAUUCUGACGUAUUCAGCUGCAAAGGCUUGUUGCCAAGGAGCUGAAAUAUUAUCUGGAUGCUCAUCAAAAGGGUUCUGCUGUCAGGAAACUUGUGUGAAAUGUGUCAAAGGUUCUGGCGAGGCCGAAGGAACGGUGGUGACUGGAGUUGUGGUGCGUAAUGGGAAUGAACAAAGGGUUGAUCUAUUGGUGCCAGCGACCCAAAAUGACUGUGAAUGUGGUCCAAAGGCUAAUUAUCCAGCAGGAGAAGAUGUGUUCACUGUACUUCUGCUCGCUUUAACUCCACAGACAUGGUUAGGGAUCACAGACCAAGCUCUUAUGCAUGAAAUGAAGCAGCUCGUUUCCAUGGCGUCCCUCCCAACUAUGCUUCAAGAAGAGGUAUUGCAUCUACGACGCCAACUUCAGCUGCUAAAACGAUGCCAAGAGAACAAGGAAGAGGAGGAUUUCGCUGCUCCUGCCUAUUGAUUCAUCUUACCCAAAUUCACAUAUCUUUAAUUGCCCAUUUGAAUCCCAACUUCUCAAACCCAAAACCCUAAUUCUUUGAGAGUCUCCUUUAUUAUCUGCAUGCUGCAAUCUCUAUCUGUUAUUAAUUCAUCACAAACUGACUACUUCCUAUUAUGACUACUCUCUUACACAAAACAAAUGGAUACAUCUAUUAUAUUGA